UUCGAGGGACUCGGUUAGCAAAAGUCAGCACACUAAACAAAGCCAAUUUGAAAUAAUGGUGGAGUUUAUGGAAUCACAUCCAAACUUGGCCAAAGGCUACGUAAAAUGUGCCGACACUAAACAAACAAGUAAACAUUUGUGGGAGCGGUUGAGUGAGAAUUUAAAUGGAGAUGGACCACCCAUACGGGACAUGCUUUCGUGGGAAAAGGUUUGGGCGGAUUACAAAACCCACAUUAAGGCUAAAGCUCACAAAAAUAAGUUACAUAUGUCGGGGACAGGUGGUGCCUGCAAAAGUUCAUUCCUUCAAUUCAGUUGAAUUAAGAGCAUUUGACUUACUGCAGAUAAAUCAAGCGGUAGAUGGGAUAGGAGAUGCUCAAAAGUUCAGUGCGGGAACAAGUGAAGUCACACAAAGCUACCAAUGUGAAAUCACGGAUCCAAGCACUCAGAAUGACAUAAGUGAUUUGCAAAAUUUGGAAGAACUACCACCUUUAACGCCACCUUCUCGCCCCCAAACGUCACCCAAAUGUAGCACUGUGCGGUCAAGUAAAAACAAUCUCUUGAAAAUGCAAGUAGACGGGCAAAUAAAGUUGCACAAGGAUUGUACUAAGAUUUUAAAAGACGUGAAUUACAAUUUAAAAUCUUUAGUUAAAUCUAAUAAGAAACUUGUUGAACAAAAUGAAGAAAAAAUAGAACUAGAAAGACAAAAACUAAAGUUUGCAAAGUUGAAGCAUGAGUACAAAAUUAAAAGCGACAGGGAGAGGAACAAUGUAAGAAUUGCAAAACUUAAAAUCAAGGAACAAAUGUUAAAUGUAAAUACCCGUUAA